AUGACGGGGGUGAGUGAUGUCAUCAUGUGUCGGGGUUUCUUUGUGACCCUUGAUGGCCAAGCCCAAGACUUAUUCGCAUCGUUACCUAAAGGGUCCAUCUCGGCCUUUGCUGACCUCUCAGGGCAGUUCUUGUCAUAUUUCGCAAGCAGUAUCCCCAAGAAAAAGCAGUUCACCAACCUGUGCAAGUUGGACCAGUGGAGCAUGGAAAACCUGGCCGAUUACCUAUCUAGAUGGAAGAAAGAAGCAAGAUCGCUCGCGAAUUUUGAUGAGAAGAUGGCUAUACCGAUCUUCACUAGUAAUAUCCGAUCUAGGCCAUUCCACCGAGACCUAGUCCAGAAUCCCCCAAAGACAUAUGCUGCAUUGCUAGACUGCGCGACGAGAUUUGCCGAGGCAGAAGAGGCAGAAAGUAAGAAGGAGGAGGAGGAACAAGGAAGAUGGGGCACCCCAAGAGUACCGUCGGGCACCGAGACCCCCGCACCCGGACCAAGGGCCGUAGUUGGCCCCGUUGCAUUGUCUGACCCCAUUGACGUAUUCGACCCAAACAAGUACUAUCGUUUCCAUCAACAACACGAGCAUGACACCGACGAGUGCAUGAUCAUCAAGUGGCAGAUUGAGAAACUCAUUCAGAGGGGCUACCUCGGUCAAUAUGUCAAAAGAUCGGGGCAAGGCAGAGGUCAAGGACCGAGCAACAUAUGGAAGAAGAAGGGUGGUUUUGAGCUACCACAUCGUGAUGCCUUAGUGAUCACACUAGACAUCAACAACACCAUCGUGCACGGAGUACUAGUUGACAUAGGGAGCUCAGUGAAUGUCAUGUAUUAUGACACGUUCACCAAGCUCGGCCUAUCAAGAAAGUAG